GCAUUCUGUUAAUUAAAUAGCCGACUAUAUUUUAUUUAUUCAUUUACUCUACAUAAACUUUUAGGGUUGGAUUUGUGCUUUUUCGAAUAAUUGUCGCAGAGAGUCAUAUCUAACAGAGUAGGUCACUCUCCUAAUUUUAGGUUUAACCACUUUAUUGCUCAUCACUCCAAAGAGAUAUUUGAGACAAGUCCCCGGACGUUCACAGCCAUGCUCUUCGAGAGUUUUGACCUUGUCUCGGCGUUGGCGACGCUGGCUGCGUGUUUAGUGUCCAUGGCACUUCUUCUGGCCGUGUCCCAGCAGCUCUGGCAGCUGAGGUGGACCGCAACACGGGACAAGAGCUGCAAGCUGCCCAUGCCCAAGGGCUCCAUGGGGUUCCCCAUCAUCGGAGAAACAUGCCACUGGUUCUUUCAGGGUGCAGGUUUCCAUGCAUCCAGAAGACAGAAGUAUGGGAAUGUAUUCAAGACUCAUCUACUGGGACGGCCGCUGAUCCGGGUCACUGGGGCAGAGAAUGUGCGUAAGGUUCUUAUGGGAGAGCACAGCCUGGUCACUGUGGACUGGCCCCAAAGCACCAGCACUCUUCUGGGGCCAAACAGUUUGGCCAACUCAAUAGGAGACAUCCAUCGCAAAAGGAGGAAGAUCUUUGCUAAAGUUUUUAGCCAUGAGGCUCUGGAAAGCUACCUGCCCAAGAUCCAGCAGGUCAUUCAGGAGACCCUACGUGUGUGGAGCUCCAAUCCUGACCCCAUCAAUGUGUAUCGCGAGUCCCAGCGGCUAUCAUUCAACAUGGCAGUACGCGUGCUCCUGGGUUUCCGCAUCCCAGAAGAAGAGAUGCACUGUUUGUUCAGCACCUUCCAGGAGUUUGUGGAGAACGUCUUCAGUCUUCCCAUCGACCUGCCAUUUAGUGGUUACAGAAAGGGUAUUCGAGCAAGAGACUCACUCCAAAAAAGCAUAGAGAAAGCCAUCAGAGAGAAACCACUCCACACACAGGGGAAAGAUUACACUGAUGCUCUUGAUGUGCUUCUAGAAAGCGCCAAGGAGAACAACACGGAGCUUACAAUGCAGGAGCUCAAGGAGUCCACUAUUGAGCUGAUUUUUGCAGCGUUUGCCACUACAGCCAGCGCCAGCACGUCUCUGGUGAUGCAGCUGCUGCGUCACCCUGCGGUGCUGGAGAAGCUGCGUGAAGAGCUGCGGAGCUGUGGUCUUCUUCAUGACGGCUGUCUGUGUCAGGGGGAGCUGCGGUUGGACAGCAUCAUCAGCCUAAAGUACCUGGACUGUGUCAUUAAAGAGGUCCUACGUCUCUUCGCCCCAGUGUCAGGAGGAUACAGAAUAGCCACUCAAACCUUUGAGCUGGAUGGAGUCCAGGUUCCUAAAGGCUGGAGUGUGAUGUACAGUAUCCGCGACACCCAUGACACCUCGGCUGUGUUCAAGGACGUCGAGGCCUUUGACCCAGAUCGAUUCAGCCCCGAGCGCAGCGAGGACCGCGAGGGCCGCUUUCACUACCUGCCCUUUGGUGGUGGCGUUCGUUCCUGCCUUGGUAAACAGCUGGCCACUCUUUUCCUCAAACUGCUGGCUGUGGAGCUCGCUGGAGGCAGCCGGUUUGAGCUGUCAACCAGAACAUUCCCACGAAUGAUCUCUGUCCCUGUGGUCCAUCCGACCGACGGCCUCCGCGUCAAAUUCUUCGGCCUCGACUCCAAUCAGAACCAGAUCAUGGCAAAGUCGGAUGAAAUGCUUGACGCCACUGUGUGACAAACUCGAGCUGAAGCUUCCGAAAAAAAAAAAGACUCUCGUUUUGCCAAAAAUGUAUAGUCUAUCAUUUGUAAAGAAGUAUAUCAAAAUUAUAUAUAUGAACGUAUCGCUACAUCAGGAGAGCACAAGAGGAAGGUUUCCGGAAAGAGGUUAAAAGGACAGUUUUAUAAGUCACAGGGUAUGGCCAGCGCAGGACGGCUCUGGACGAAUCAGUCUUGAAAUUGUUUUUGAGUGUGAGUGUUUGGAUGGUGAGUUCAUUUAUGUGUAUAUACAGUACGUGUUUGUGUGUAAAUAUGUGUGUGUGUGUGCCUGUUUGCGUGCGUGGACAGGUUGUUACUCAGCUAAGAUAUUAGGAGUCGGAGUAGGCAGUGUAAACUAGAAUGAAUGGGAGGAUUGUGUAAUUUACUCAGGUGUGUGUUUGCAGUACAGAAGGAGCUUUCAUACUAACCCAGUACCUGUUAUACACGCUCUGUACAUAAGUGACAAUUCAUAAUAUUCUGGCUAAGAGAGCAUGAAAAGGGGAUGAAGAAAGACAUAUAUAAAAGGAGAAUAUGAGAAGGAAUGAUCUUGUGCGGGCUCUCAAAAACAAGCUAUAGAGGGAAUGAGGGACUUGUUCCUGCUGCAGAUUUUAUAUCGGAAGACAUUUAUGAAAAAAAGAAAAAAAAACAAAAAACAAGUCGUAUAUGCUGCUUUGGGAGCCGCUUUUUAUUUAUAUGAUGGAGCAGAGUGCAAAGAGGAAGGCUUCUUUUUUUCUCCUGCUGCUCCAUUUCGAUAUAAGAAGAAAUGCGAUGAUGAAACUCAUCAGUUAUUAACUCUAUAUAUAUAUAUAUAUUAGAAGAUGAGAUGCCUCUGAAAGGACUUGAAAGUUUGAGAGGCAAUGGGACUCAAUCCUCCAUCACUUCCUCUAACAGAAGGACUUUUCUUUUUAUAAAAUAUGCCACUGAUCUUUUUUUAUGAAUUAAAAUAAUGUCUGCUGCUUUCAGUGUACCGUUUUCUAACAGAGACUAAAUCGCCACCUUCAGCUACGGUUUUUGCUGUUUCUAAGCAAGUGGAAUUUCACUAUUAGAAAGCCAUGGGUAAAGCAUAUUUGCAUCGUCUAAUAUCCUAAUAUCCUUGCUAUUAAUAUUAUUGUAAUAAAUCUUAUUUUAAGUGCUAUUUUUGUUAUAUUUCAGAAUAGAGUUCUAGUAUAAGUCAAGUCUGUUGGUAAAUACUGUUCUAUUUAGAAUGAUAUGGAUUUCAGUUAUACUGUAUUGUACACAGUGUUUAAAUGUUAAUAUGGUUUUAUCUUAUUGUAAUAAUUAUAAUUUUCUUUUGUUUAUCAUUAUUAUCAUUGCAUUUAGUUCUUAUUAAUAAACAGAAGCACUUGCGAGGUAUGUUUAUUUUGAGUGCCAUUUGACUACAUGUUCUGUUCUUUUGUCGAUUGUUGCGUUUGUCUGUACAUAUAUUUUAUUCCUUUUUACAAGCCCACAUUUCACUUAGUUCAAAUAUGAAUGUUUUUUUUCCUCUCUUUUUUUGUUACAGUGAUUCUUAAAUGUACUUGGUAAUUUUAUAAACCCUUGUAAUAAACUAUAAUGUGAAAA